UAGUGAACUAUAAUUUUUGUAGUCCCAUUUAAACAAGCAUGGUCAGACUGAGAUCACAACUCUACAAUCUAACAACGUACGAUGCAAUUAAAAGCACCGCGUGAAUAUCUAUAAGGCAAAAUUAGUAUGUACAAAAUUCGGUAGGCUUAUCAAAUAUCAACACAUAAGUCAAUUCCGAACGCAUACAUAAUGAAGAGAGAAAGUCAUUUUGUUCCUUACUUAUCAAAUAUCCCUGAAACGGCUUUGCACUGUCGUAAGCAGUGGAUGAAAUAAAAUAGUGGGGUUCGAAGUAUAAAGUUGCCCUCAAAGAAGUAAUGCUUCAGUUACAAAUCACCCUACAAGUGACAAUUACUAAUAAUAUCUAAAGAGAUGAAGACUUUGUUUGUUGUGUGUUUACUGGUAGCUUCCGCUCUAGCAGAAGAGUCAGCAAAAAAACAUGACAAGCGCGGAAUCCACGAAUUGGGUUACGGUUUCGGAAGUGCGGCGGGUUUAGCCUUAAGUGGUGAACUAGCUCUCCCCGCGCCGAUUGCUGCUGGGCCUGCGGUCGAAUUGGGAGCAAUCGCGAAUGUACACACAACACUUACAAGAAAUGUUGGAGUACCAGUUCCGGCGCCGUAUCCACUUCCUGUCGAACGACAAAUUCCUGUCCCAGUACCGGUUCACGUAAAUGUUCCAGUUGAUAGACCUUACCCCGUGCAUGUACCGCAGCCGUACGCUGUUCCAGUAGACAGACCAGUACCUGUGCCUGUGGAUAGACCCGUUCCUUACGCGGUUCCACAUGCUGUUCCAGUAGCCGUACCCAGACCUGUAGAGGUGCCCGUACCAGCACCAUACGCUGUUCCAGUGCCUCACCCUGUGCCGUACGCAGUGCAUCACCAUGUACCUGUAGCCAAAUCUAUUAUUAUAACUAAACAUCAUCAUCGCUCUUGGUAAUUUCCAAGGUAGUGUAAAUGUAAUGUUGUAGUAAAAAAUUUAUUUAGUUUUCACUAUGCAAAAUAAUAAAUCUUAUUUUUGUA